UGCAGAUCGCACGCAGACAAGUCCCCCGCUAGCAGUGAAACAUCUUCCAUAAUCUCGGUUAUUUUGGCACUUUUCGGCGAUCGAUGGUCCGAGUACGGUUUGGUCGGUGGUGCGUGCAAGUAGAAGGAAAUAGUUCGAAUUCAAUGCUCGGCCGGUGUGCACACAAAUUGUUCUGCCUCAAUCGAAUUCUCGGCUUUGCUCUCGCUCUCUGCAUUCGAUCCGUCCCGAUACGGUAGGGUAUUACUGGAUUAUUUGGUUUGGAAGACGAUCGAGCCUCGGAGAUUAGUUUGUGCGCGCACUUUUCGUUAGUUACGCACGGCGCGAACCGAAAAACCCGAACAAUACUUACGCGUACCUACUUACGUUACGGCUCGUCAGAUAUUCCGAAUCGUUGGUGUUUUGCUGCUGCCUGUGAGAUGUGUGCUAAGCGGUCCUGUUUGCGACGCUCGGUACUUGAAGCUUAAUUUCGACUAUUUGUACUUGUGUUGGAUGCUGCCUGAGAUCGCUGGCAAGUGGUGAUUCUUAAGAUAAAUAAUCGUAGUGAGUGUGGUCGAAUGUGCUAAAGUUGCAGGCCGUCGAUAGUGAAAAAAGCUGACUGUACGAAGAAGUUCCUAAGUUUGAUUCUAAACCCGAGUGCUGUCGUUUACUUGUUGCUGCUGUUGCCAAGACUGCCCCGGUGAUUGUGUGCGCGCAUUGUAACGAAUUCUUUUGGGAUUGUCUAAACGGAAUUACAAGUGCCUCGCUGUCAAGUUUGAACCUUUUCAACCCUAGCCGUACGUACAGUGAAGAUCAAUAUGAAAAGCAAGAUUUAAAUGCUUCAUCGAAGAAAAUAGCGGCGAACCCGGUCAAGAUAAUAUAUAGAACACGUGCUAUUGGAUCUCGGCCGCCGCCGCCGUCAUCACCGUAAUCGUCGUCAUUAUUUGCUGCUUCUUCAUCGUCCUGGGAUCUGUAUACGUGAACCAGCAGCCAGCGAACGAAAAAAGUGAUGUCAUUAGACUAAACACAUCCCAAUCGAGAUUUCUCAUAAAUGUGGACCAAUUCGGUAUCAUCCAAGCACCAGCAACCUAACAGACUGAACAUCGGAAUACGCGGUUCCAAGUGUAUUGAGUAGACUGAAAGACAUUUUCAAAUUUGGGAGCAUUCCGGGCAUUUUGUCGCACAACGAAGGGAGAACGAUGCUCCAGAGCACACUUGGGUCGGCUCAACGCUUCAAGAAACGGGAACGCACUCAGAACUGGGCCUACGAGGAGAAGCACUUUCUGCUGGAGUUAUGUCGUAAGGAUAUGCACAUCAUCGAGAACAAACGGCUGGACAGUGCUCUGACCUCGCUGAAGAACCGCGCCUGGAAGAUCAUCCAUCAGCAGUUUGCGAUCGCGUUCGGCACCGACCGGAACUGCAACCGGCUGAAGGAGCAGUGGCGCCGGAUGAAAGCUUGCACACGUGCCGAAAUGCUCGAUUACCAACAGCGCAUCCAGCGAUACGGUCAGGAAGUGGCAGAUCGGAAGAAGCCCAGCCAGUUUACGUUCGAAAUUUGGGAGUUCAUGCAAGAAGCGAAGAAGGUGUGCAAAAACGAACUGAUGGACGACGUCGAUUACUCCAAGAUGAAGCUGUCGCUCGAGGAGAACCUACCCCAAGGUGUGUCGAUCAAGGAAUGCAGCGAUGAAAACGACGAGGAAAGCUCCUCGAUGUGGGAGAAGAAUUCGCAAAACCUAUGCGAAGUACAAAUCAAAGAGGAUUCGAUGGAGGAAGGUGAUGAGUACGACAAGGGAAGGCCGCCCAAGUUCGCGCGGUUGGGUGCCCUGCCCAGCUCGUCCCCCUACUCGGCGGAAAAUGCACAUACCAAAUUCAAUGAACUGCUGGCCAGUAGCUUUGCAAGCCGUCUAAACGAACAUUUGAGCAAUAACAACAACAACAGCAAGAGUGUCGAUGUCGAUAGUUACAGCCGAACGUUUGGUAGCGACUCGAAUGCAACCGAUGUACCUGUAAACAUGUCCCAAACCGACCUAACAAACACGCUGGAAGCCCUCAGUAUCCUCAAGAAUCGCUUCAACCGGUUGAACGAACUCGGGCAGUGGAAAAACGCCUUCCACGAGGCUCAGAAUCUCAGCACCAACAACAAUAGUCACAACGACCAUCAGCAUCAGCCGCAUCAGGUCCAUCAGCAUCAGCCCCACGCCCAACCGCCGCCUCAUACACACCCACAGCAAAGGGACCUUCAGCAACCUAGUUCGCCUAUUCCGGCCAGUGCAUGUGCCACCAACAGUAGUGGCCUUCUGCAGAACUCGAAACUAGCCGAACAGCACCAGCAGAGCGAGCACGAAUUGCGGAUGGAAAUCUUGAAAACUGAUCUCGAGACGGCUAAAAUCAAUAAAGAAACCGCAGAAAUUAACCGACAAAUUGCACUUCAAAAGCUAAACAGCCUGAACAGUUGAAAUAAUAAUAAUGGCAGUUCGCAGGCGGCCGUAACGCACGCACACAGUUGCGGACGGGGCGCGUUCAGCGUUAAUUGUAGUUAUAAUACAAUAAUUUUCCAACCAAGCUACCUCCUAGUAGUAUAGUGCUUAAGUAAGGCAGAAAUCAAAGCAGGCUGCUUUUUUUUUUUGUUUCUAUUUUUACUCAAUAAACUACGACGCUAUUUCGUAGCAAGGUAGCAGGCGCCGUUUUUAUGUGGCAACCCUAUUCACAGUACACACAGGUUGCUCGCGGUUUCGCGAGCGUGUGAAAGCUAAAACCGAAAACUAGACUUUUCGCGCCUUACUUCAAUUUGGGCUUUCGAAUGGGAUAUUUUAGUUAUUUUGUUUCCUAUCCAAAUCAAAGCCUUAUUAUUAACUCUUCUUGUUUCUAGAACAAAUUAAUUAAAUCCAAAUCAUGCGGUCGAAAUUGUGUGAACGGAUGAUAGUAAGAGAUAGAUAAAUAGAGAGAGAGAGAGAAAAAGAGUUGGGUGUUAUUAGAUUAGAAGUAGCUUCGGUUUGCUCCCAACGUAAUAUUUAACUUAAUGUAUCUCACUUUCGAAGAAAUAACUUUGAACUUAUAUAGAGGAUUAACUGAAUAAAAGUGAAAAUGUGUAACUGUUUUUUGU